CUGAUCUGCCCUUUUUCCAGGCUGACUUCUGUGCUGAGAACAACUACAGCCUCUUCCAUCAUUUCCAGCACCUCUUUUCCUUACAGCAUGGAUACCCCAAAAGAACUGACUGAUGAGCUGCGCCUUUACCAGUCCACCCUGCUUCAGGAUGGGCUGAAGGAACUGCUAGAUGAGAAAAGGUUUGUGGACUGCACACUAAAAGUUGGUGACAAAAGCUUUCCUUGUCAUAAAUUGAUCCUGUCUGCCUGCAGCCCUUAUUUCCGUGAACACUUUUUUGCAGAGAAAAGUGAAGACAAGAAGAGCGAGAUGGUCAUAGACAAUGUUGACCCAAAUGUCAUGAGUUUGAUUAUUAGAUACCUUUACUCUGCUGAAAUAGAACUAAACGAUGAAAAUGUUCAGGAUAUAUUUGCUGUGGCUAGUCGUUUUCAGAUCCCCUCUGUGUUCACUGUGUGUGUGACCUAUCUCCAGAGAAAGUUAGCUCUCAAUAACUGCCUUGCCAUCUUCAGAUUGGGUCUUCUUCUCGAUUGUCCAAGGCUUGCGGUAACAGCUCGUGAUUAUGUGUGUGAUCGCUUUGAACAGGUCUCUAAAGAAGAGGAUUUCUUACAGUUAGCCCCACACGAACUGAUAUCCAUUAUUGGAAGUGAUACCAUAAAUGUAGAGAAAGAGGAAGCUGUGUUUGAGGCUGUAAUAAGAUGGGCUAAAACAGAUAAAGAAAACAGAGUGAAGAGCCUGGGUGAGGUCUUUGACUGUAUCCGUUUCCGUCUUAUGUCAGAAAAAUACAUCAAGGAGACUGUUGAAAAACAUGACUUAAUCAGAAGUAACUCUGACCUCAUAAAAAAAGUUCAAGUUAUUAAAGAGGCAUUUGCAGGGAAACUGCCAGAGUCUACCAAAAAACAAGGAGGCUCCAGUGAAGGCGUGGUUAAUGGUGAUGUUGGAGAUGAAGAUCUGCUCCCUGGAUACCUGAAUGACAUUCCAAGGCAUGGUAUGUUUGUCAAAGACUUCAUCCUUUUAAUCAAUGACACAGCAGCUGUGGCAUAUGAUCCUUCAGAGAAUGAAUGCUACCUAGUAGCCUUAGCAGAGCAAAUCCCUAGGAAUCACAAUAGUGUGGUCACGAAACAGAACCAGAUUUAUGUUGUUGGAGGACUGUAUAUGGAAGAGGAAAACAAAGAGAAUCCAUACCACUCUUACUUCUUCCAGCUUGACAGCAUUGCAGGAGAGUGGAGUGGACUUCCUCCACUGCCAUCAGCAAGGUGUCUUUUUGGCCUAGGAGAGGCAGAUGGUUUAAUCUAUGCAAUUGGUGGAAAGGACCUACAGAAUGAAGCAACACUGGAUACAGUGAUGUGCUAUGAUCCCAAAGCAGUGAAAUGGACUGAUGUCAGAAAACUUCCCUUGAAGGUAUAUGGUCAUGGUGUAGCAUCACAGAAUGGGUUGAUAUUUUCUAUCGGAGGAAAGACAGAUGAUAAGAAGUGCAUCAACAAGCUGUUUAUGUUCAACCCAAAGAAGGGGGAGUGGCGGGAGCUGGCAGGCAUGAAAACUGCCCGCUCUAUGUUUGGAGUCGCAGUCUAUAAAGGCAAAAUUCUGGUUGCUGGUGGUGUAACAGAAGACGGACUUACAGCAGGAAUUGAAGCAUAUGACCUGUCCACUAACAAGUGGGAGUCUAUGCCUGAAUUUCCCCAAGAAAGGAGUUCCAUUAAUCUGGUCAGCGUGGGUGGAUCUCUGUAUGCCAUUGGUGGUUUUGCCUUGGUAAAGCUUGAGAAUAAUGAAUUUGGACCAUCAGAAACAACUGAUGUCUGGAAGUAUGAAGAAGACAAGAAGGAAUGGAUUGGAAUGCUACGUGAGAUCAACUAUGCUUCAGGAGCAACAGCUGUGUUAUCACGGUUAAACCUCUUCAAAAUGACUAAAUUAUAGAGUGACUCAUAAAUUAUAUUUAAAACAUACAUUGUGAGAAUGCAGUGUACUGGACCAUGUGAUUAGGUCCCAAUUAUAUAUUUUGUGAAAUGUUCAGAAUUUUUUAUUAUACAUUACAACUGUAAAGAAUUUUAAGGUUUGUUAUUUUUUAAUACUGUUCAAAGAAAAGAGUUUUGAUGCAGCAUUACUUGAAAUUUGAAAAUGUGCUUUCAUCUGAGAAAUUAUUAAACACAUAUGCUGUAAAAUUCUAUGUUUUCAAAUACAAAUGGAAAUAGUCAACAGCAGCAAGCUUACUAGUAACAUGUACACAUCCUGCCUUUAUAAAAAGAUCAAUAAAAACUUAAUGUGAAAUAAUGAGCACUGUUCUGUAAUAUAUAGUGUGAUUAGUUCCAUCACUGGCAUUGUUUAUGUCUGAACAGUAUUUCAUUCCAUUAUACAGUAUAACAGCUGGCAUAAACCGAUUCCAUGGUGUCAGACUCAUGCAUGCCCUUUAUAUGUAAAAAUCAAUGAUUGCAUGUGUAUUACUACAGUGUAUUAAAUGAGCAAUGCCUUCUUAUAGUGUAGGUGGAUACUUCUAGGGACUACAUUAUUCUAGAAUCAACAACAGCUGACAUCAGGGCUGCAGAAUAAUACACUAAAAAUGUAUGAUUCCAAAUUACAGA